GCGGCGCGGCAGGCGCGGGGGCUGCGCUCGCGAGAGCCCGGGGCGGCCGGAGCGCGGGGGCCCGGAGCGCGGGGCCGCCGGCACUCGGGGCUGCGGCGGGGCCCGCUCCGCGGCUGGCAGCCGAAGCGAGGCGUGUGCGCGGCGGGGGCGGCCGGCCUGCCCUGCCCCGCCGCCCUGCUCCUCCAUGCCGGCGGCGAGCGGGGCUGGCGCGCAGGGCGCCGGGGGCAGCAGGCUGCGCUGAAGGGCCGCGGCCGGCAAGGAACGAUGGCCAAAUGGCUGAACAAGUACUUCAGCCUGGGCAACAGCAAGACCAAGAGCCCCCCGCAGCCCCCACGGCCCGACUACCGAGAGAAACGCAACGGCACCGGCGGCGCGCCCCGCCCCGACGGGCCCGCGCACCUCCACCUCCAGCACCACACCUCGCCCGGCUUCCCGCACGGCCGCCUGCGCGACGAGACCAGCGACCUGCUCCGCGCCUACCGCGCCCAGAAGGACCGCGACUUCGAGGACCCCUACAGCGGGCCGGGCUCGUCGCUGCGCAAGCUGCGCGCCAUGUGCCGCCCGGACUACUCGGCGCCCGAGGAGCUGGGCGAGGCGGCCGCCAGGGCGUUCUCCUCCUCGUCGUGCUGCGCCGCGGCCCCCGCCGGCUCCCCCCGCCUCUUCCGCAGCCACAGCGAGCGGCGCCCGGCCACGCCGCCCGGCGCCAGGCGCGUCUCCCCCAAGCACCGGCUCAUCAAGGUGGAGAGCGGCGGCGACGGCGCGGGCAGAAAGCUCGGCAAGGGCGGCAGGCAGCCGGCCUCCUCCGUCCCCUCUGCCGCCAAAGAUAAAGUUUUGAUAGCUGAUGACUACUCAGAUCCGUUUGAUGCCAAAAGUGAGUUGAACAGAAUGGGAAAAGGAGAGAACACUGGCUAUAUGGAACCAUACGAAGCCCAAAGAAUAAUGACUGAGUUUCAGAAGCAGGAAUGCAUGAAAUCCCAUCAGAAAAACAUGCAACUCUAUGACACACCCUAUGAACCAGAAGGCAGUGGUGUGGAAUCCGAUUCUGAAAGUGUGGUGAGUCACCAUUUACGAGAAAGCAAAUUGCCACAGGAUGAUGACAGGCCUGCAGAUGAGUAUGAUCAGCCAUGGGAGUGGAACAAAGUCACCAUCCCAGCUCUGGCAGCCCAAUUUAAUGGAAGUGAGAAACGGCAAGCAUCUCCUUCUCCUUCAAAUGACCAUCGCAGGCAGUUAAGAGCACCUGGAGGAGGCUUUAAACCUAUCAAACAUGGCAGUCCAGAAUUCUGUGGGAUCGUGGGAGAGAGAAUAGAUCCAACUAUUCAACUGGAAAAGCAGAUAUGGUAUCAUGGAGCCAUCAGUCGGACAGAUGCAGAAAACCUGUUACGUUUAUGUAAAGAGUGUAGCUACCUUGUGAGAAAUAGUCAAACAAGCAAGCAUGACUAUUCUCUUUCACUGAAGUUCUCUUGCUGUCAGGAGUCAAGUUGGCAACAGAAACACUGUGAGGUAAUGUUGGUGGGGGCUGCAAACGCCAUCUUUCAUCCAGGCUCUGAUUCACCCCUGCUGCACUGCUAAGCUACUCUCCAAGGUACUCAGCUGAUCUUCUGUUUCUGUUAGUUAUUCAUGCUGUCCUCAGGUUGUACCUAUGGUGGUGCCUGAGCAGAACAAGCAUGGACUUGACACUUUAAAAAAUAAAUAAAUAAAUAGAACCCACCCAACACACUGCUGCAGUAGCUUCUUGGAGAGGAGGAAAAACAAAACAAAUUAUACAGACCUGUCUGCACUUCUGGUCUGAGCAAGAGAAGAGGAGAAUGACCAGUGGAGAGUCAACUGUUUUUCAUACAUUCUUUCCUUUUUAAUGAUCUGCAGUGAUCCCACAUAAAAUAUUGCACAUUGCUUCUUUUUAUUCCUUCUUACUGGAGUCCCCAUGAGAAGGGAAGAAGGAAUGAAAUUGGCAGCAGCCAAACAAAGUUGUUGGUCUGAAAUGAAGAAUAUUGAAGAUGCUGAAAAAGAAUGGUCAUAGGUUGCAAGGGAUGACCAUGUAUAUAGUUCAGUUUUCUGCACCAUGUCUGUCUCAUUGCACAUCUUGGGCCUUGAGCUGACUGUGAGAAUCAUGUGCCCACAGUUCAGAGUUUGUGUUGACCUCAGUGCUCUGCGCCUUGUAGUUAGCUCAGUGACAAGAUUAAUCCAAACAUUGCCGUUGCUUUCUCAGUUGUCUUUCAGGGUCUCUGGAUGAUUGCAUUUAUUGCUGCUGGCAGCUCCAAGACACACAUACAGUUGCUUAACUGCAGCUUCACUGGGCUCAGUUUUCUUUUCUAGCUUGGUUUGGGGGAGAUUAAUAUUACUGUGACAAUGCACUGGAUACCCAGUCUAGGUGAUCCUGCUCUGGCAGGGGGGUUGGACUGGAUGGUCAUUCAAGGUCCCCUCCAACCCCUAACAUUCUGUGAUUCUGUGAUACAGGUAACAGUUAAGCAUUGAUACCUCUAGUAGUAUUUGAUAAAAAGGUUAGGCAAUCAUUAAAAUCCUGCUGAGGGCAAGAUGUGCCAUCAAGGUGUGCUACAGAAAUACAAUUACUAGGGAUAAAAUGGAUGGAUGGAAGAUGACAUCCAGUGAAGUGGUAGAAAAGAUGAGUAUGUUUCCCAAAGCUACCAACAAAAAGGAAGCGCCAGUGUUCCCUUGGAAUGGUAAGAUUCUGACAAAUGCAUGUUCCUGGAUACAGUAAAACAGUGAAACAAAUAUAAAUGGUAGUGUAAACAAGAUCGGUUCAUGUGGAGAUCCCAAGUCUUCCAACAAGUGAAGCUGGAAGUGGCACAGGAAAUAACCCUGAGCCCUCUCCAGACUGGUGGUUAGUGCAAGAUACCCUAUGUAUCACCACAGAAGAUGUUCUGAUCUCCUGGAAUGUGAGGCAAAGGAGCCCCAAGACUGAACACUGAGAUGUUGGAGCUGCACCCAACCGGGGUCACAAGCUAAUUCCACACCUCAAGAAAAUAAGACUAUUUCUACCUAAGAAAGGCUCCAGGCAGCAUCUGCAAUAGCAAGAACAGAACAACCACUUACAUAAGUGCUCAAGUUGCCUGUACUACACUGGAUGUACAUAGAUGGGAUGGAAUACCCUCACCCAUUAUGUGUUGUAUGGAGCGGAACAAGGCAAUCCAAUCAGUUUUCAGAAGCCAAGGCUAUGCAAUUAGCCGUAGAAAUACUUUACAAGGAAAGUGUCCCAUAGUGCACAUUAACACUUGCUCCCUGAUGAUGGCCAAUGCUGAGUAGGGAUGGAUAAAACCAUGAGAAAAACAAGGAUGGGAAGGUUGAGUUAAACCCAUUUGGGCCACCAAGGUAUGACAACAAGUUGCCUGCAGCAAAGGUAAGUAUUCAUAUGUCAGUGAGUGCACACAUCUCAAACAAAUAGGCCACAGAAGAAUGACAAAACACUAAAGGGGGUCAUCACAGCCUUGGUUGCAACAAUGAGCCUGGACUGGCAACACAAAGGAGAAAACAUCAUGGUGCAAUGGGCCCAUGAGGUGGCAGGCCAUAGAGGCUGCCCAGGGAAGUGGUGGAGUCACCAUCCCUGGAUGUGUUUAAGGGUCACUUGGAUGUGGUGUUGGUGGGUAUGGUGUAGGGGAGAACUUUGUAGAGAAGGGAUGAUGGUUGGACUUGGUGAUCCCAAGGGUCUUUUCCAACCUGAAUGGUUCUGAUUCUAUGAUACGUGUCACUGGGCCAGAGAAAGAGACAGAUUUUCCACUAGCAAUGACUACCAAGGUCAUUCAGGACUGUGACAUACGUGCUACAGUAAAGGAAGCCUGGCAGAGAAAAUUACCUGUUGCCUACACCUGCAAGAAUACGUGAAAAAUUGGUGAAGCUUGCUGGCAAGUUGACUAUAUUAACCCAUUCCCUGAGUCUGCCUCCAGGGAACAAUGGUCCUAGCCAUAGUGGAAAGAUUGACAGGAUGGUUGGAAGCCUACUUAUUUGCACAAGCCAUGGAGAUGACUGCAACAUGCUGAUGAUUACAUGGAAUGAAUCUGUAGGAAGAGUUACAGUAUUGUGUAUAAAACAAGGGCUAGAUUGUGUGGCAGGUGUUACAGGUUGGGCCUGGCUGAAAUUUAACUAUAAAUGGAUAGAAAAGACUAAGGGAACAAUUAAAGAGUAAGCAAUGUGUUAACUACUAUUAAAGCUGCAAAAGUGUGGAGAUACUUUUAGGAAGGGCAGACUUUGAAUGCCAGGAAGGGAAGAGCCAAAUGUGAGACACUGAGAGAAGCUGGAUGAACCAGUCAGGAAUCUGGCAUUCCCUACCAGUCUAUAACUGGUAUUGUCCAGAGUCACUCAGGAGAGACCUGGAAGAGAAUUGCAAGAGAGAGCCAAAAUGGAUAAAAUAAGGGGACAGACUAGAGAAACCUGGGGAGAAUGAAGAGAGGCUCAGAAGAUAAUUCAAGCAAAACCCUGGAGAGAAAACAGGGAAUAAUACCUUGGGAGAAACAGGGAACUCCCCAUUCUUACACCCAGACAACACACAGCAGGGCUGGAACUGCUGACCUGACCCAUCUGACUUCUGUCCCAGGCCAUAUGGUCUCCCACACAGGGCAAGGAAGCUAUGUCAAGAACCACUACAGUGACCAACCCAGCUUCUCUCCUGGACUGCACAGUUUGUCCUGUAGUACUGGAAAGUCAUGUUACUUCUUACCAUCACACAUAUCUAUGACUAGAGUGUUUUGAUAUCUGACUCCAUUUAGUUUCUGUACUGUCAAUUCAGUCUUAAACUGCUACAACCAGUCCUGAGUUCCCUGUUACAUAUUAAUUAAUUACUGAUGUUGUUAAUUAUUUCCAAGU